AUGUAUUUAUUACUACAACUGCAAUUACGCCAUUUUCGGCGCAAAUCUUUGGCAACCCGACCAGUCAUACAGAGUCACACUGAGCAAGCCCAAUCCCCAGAUUCUUCAUAUAUCUCGCAUAUCUCGCCAUCGCCGAGAAGCUCCAGUUUCUGCAGCCUUGCCCUUGCUCUAUCUGGCCUCGGAAUCUGUUGGCAUCAUCGAGUUCACGGCGCAAUCUUCAACUUGGCAAAGUCUACAGUGCCCCUCGUUCACUCCGAGAUCGGAAUGGCUGCACAAAAUUUACAGAACGGCGCUCAGCCGAAGUACGAAAGAACCCAAACGCAGCCUGAGAACCCGUUUGCCGCAUUGAUUCCGGAGCAGCAAUUCGCUGUCAUCCCCAAGUUCACUCUUGAAUCCGGUGUUACUCUUUACAAUGUGCCUGUGGCAUACACCACAAGAGGCAAGCUCUCGCCCAACGGCGACAAUGCCAUGGUCAUAUGCCAUGCCUUGACUGGCAGCGCUGAUGUCGGUGACUGGUGGGGACCCCUCCUCGGAGGGCCCGGCAGAGCUUUCGACACAUCGCGGUUCUUCAUCGUCUGCAUGAACGCCUUGGGAAGUCCCUACGGCACUGCGAGUCCGGUCACUGCCAAGGACGGAGACCCGUCGAGGGGCAGAUACGGCCCCGAGUUUCCCUUGACCACGAUCCGCGACGAUGUCAACCUCCAUAAGCUCCUCUUGGAUGAUUUGGGCGUCAAGCAAGUUGCCGCAGUCAUCGGUGGGUCACUGGGCGGCAUGUUUGUGUUGGAGUGGGCGUAUUUCGGCAAGGAGUAUAUCCGAUGCGUCGUGCCCAUCGCAACAUCGAGCAGGCAUAGCGCAUGGGGCAUCAGCUGGGGCGAGGCUCAACGGCAGAGCAUCUACGCCGAUCCGAAAUACGACGACGGCUACUACUCUUUUGACGACCCCCCGUCGACUGGUCUUGGCGCCGCCCGCAUGUCUGCCCUCUUGACCUACCGCAGCCGCAACUCGUUCGAGUCGCGGUUCGGACGCAACAUCCCCGACCCUUCUAGACGGCAAACGAUCCGCGAGAGGCCCAGACCCAGCACGCCGUCGGAAGCGCACUUCCACAUCCACAACGACGGCCACAACGUCAAGCGCGGCAGCCUGUCGCGUCAGAACAGCCAGGGCAGCGCGUCGAGGACGCCGGUAGAGAGCACGACGGCCGAGGCGGUCACCGAGGCGCUCGACCCUCAAUUCCACGGCCCGCAGACCGAGAGCCUGACCGGGGGUGACAAGCUCCCGACGUCGACCUAUUUCUCGGCGCAGUCCUACCUGCGUUACCAGGGACAGAAGUUCGUCAAACGUUUCGACAGCAAUUGCUACAUCGCCAUGACAAGGAAGCUGGACACCCACGACGUGUCUCGGGACCGUGCCGCGACCAUCGCAGAGGCCUUGGCGUUGAUCGAGCAGCCCACCCUGGUCCUGGGCAUCGAGAGCGACGGACUUUUCACGUUUGCGGAGCAGGAAGAGAUUGCGGAGCACGUCAAGGACGCCAGGCUUGAGCGGAUCGACAGCCCCGAGGGCCACGACGCGUUCCUGCUCCAGUUCGAGCAGGUGAACCGCUAUGUCUUGGACUUUUUGAAGCAGACGCUGCCGGACAUCAUGGACAAGAAGGGCGAGGAAGUCGAAGAGCUCGGUGUCGGCCAGUUGACCAAGAGCAGCACCUUUGGAGAGGCCGAAGUGGAGGACAUCACCGCGUGGUAA